AUGAACUUUGACUUAUUUGAAGACGAUUUGAAGAACAUCCACCCCACUACCGUGGGGACCGAUCAAAGGAGGCGCCCCACAUCUGUGGUGGACCCCAGCCGCAACGCUACCACGCGAACCUCGUUAUCACCCUCAGCAGAAACUGUUCCGUCAUUUCUGGGUGCCAUACCACCUCGCCCAACAGCAGGCCGUCGAGCAACUGUAGCGUCGACAUCGAAAUCACCGCUUUUCCCUUUCGUAUCCGAUGGUUUUGAUAACCACCAAACACCGUCCCCGGUGCCGUUGGAAACGACGUCGUCUUCAAUGGUGGGUGCUGCUCCUGAAGUACCUAGAAGAGCAGGGCGGAGAGCAACUAUAAAAGCAGAAACAGCGAGUAUUGAUGUUUUCGAAGAAAGGUUUGAUACUGGAAAAGGCACUUUAGAUUUCUUGGACUGGAGCUCACCACCAGAAGCGCAUAAAACACCUAAUGCGAUCAACACCGUGAAGCAUACCGAGGUUGAUGAGAUCGCAGUGCAGCACGCCGCCGAAGUCGAAAAACACCGCACUGAGAUGCGCGGCCUAUAUGCUUCCUUGGAUGCUAUCAACGCCGAGAUAAAAGAGCUUGAUGACAAGUUAGACACACGACAAGCCAAGGGAGAGGCUGAGAUCAUUGAGCUGGGUACGACAAGGCUAAUGAAAUCAAUGGAGUUAGAAGAGCAGGAGAAGCAGUUGGGUGAGGCCUGUGAAGCGGUGCGGAAGGAGACUACUACUCGUUUGGAGGCGAUGAGUGACCACCAUACCGAGGAGAUGAACAAUUUAAAACAGAGAAUGCGCGAUAAGGAUACUGAACGGUUCAAAAAUCAACUUCUACACCUACAGGAGUCUUUGUUGAGGGUAAGUAACUCUGUCGCAGACUUACGUUGUAAACGGGCACUUCUUAUUCAAACCGAUCCAUAUAGCCCGAAAGGCAUCAAUCUCGCCCUCUCAGUAGCGAAAGAGGGGGGUGCAGUUGGAGAACAUGAGUCGAACAUGUCUCGUCAACACAACGAUGUUGCUUCAACAUCUUCUGAUGCGACGUCGAACCCGUUGAGACCCGUACUGCAUCCCUCGAUGUUAAGCUCAGCGCCCGGUGCGACUACACAGCUACAAGGGCAGGCAAACUGUAGUUUAAAAGCUACAGAGGCGACAAGCAAGGAUGGAAACGAAUCAUUUGAGUCCCUUAUCAACGUCGGCCUAUGUAUUCUGCAAGGCUACUAUGAUGCCCGUUUGGAUGCAGUCAAGCAACAUGUGGUCGAUUACAUUCAUAGUGAGACGUUUGAAGUGACGCAUGCAGCACGCAUUCGUAGAGAGAAAGGUUGGUUUGAGAAUAUGACCGACCAGAAACUACAUUACGGGAGCUACAUUACAAAUAUGAUGGAUCGUCACUUCCAAUGGUAUUCGCAAAGAGCAGCAAAAAGACAGGAAAGCCUCGAAGUUCUACGUGAGAGAGUCCGGAAUGCAUUUACUCAGCUGAAGGAGGAAUCUAAACAGCGUCUCUUGUGUCUCACAGCUGAAGUGUCUGCUAAAGUGAGGCGUACGCUUGACCAGUUUGAGCAAAGUGCCUCAGAAGGCUGCCAGGCAUUAGAGAGGCGAAGCAUGCUCACUCGCGAGGGGGAUAGUGUAAUCAGACAAGCUCAAGAGGAAGAGGUGAAGGGUCGAUGUGAAACUGAAGCUUCCGUUCGCCGACAACUGCAGCGUGCGGAACUUAGUGGACUCCAAGAAAAUAUUUCAAGGAUGCGUUCUCGGAUAGAUUGCCAGACACAGGAACGCUUCAAGAAGUUGCGUUUGGACGCGACGACUGCAAGCAAUCGAUGUGGAAUAGAAUCUAUAGAGGCGCAGCUUAAGGAGCUCAGGGGGCUUAUCCAGGAACAAGUUUUAUCCGUGAAAUCUCAGCGUAAAGUAACUGGACUUAAUACUACUCAACAUCAUUCUCUGAUAGUUGAGACUGAGCAGAUGGUACGCACUCUCAUGUGUACCGCGCAGCAGCAAAGAGAGCAGUUGAAUGUUCAUCAGCAACGUUGUCAGGAGCUACGUCAACGUAUUCACCAAAACUUAGUAGAGACUGUGGAACGCCUCCAGGAGAGCCGGCAGGUCCAGAGGAUUCAGCAAUCUAAAGUUGACUUUGCUCGUAGGAUGUGGGAGCGUGACCAUCAAGAGAACCUCAGUGCGGCUAUUCACCUUGAGUUGCCUAUACUUGCAUCUCCAUUCACUGAAACAGACAAGGAGCCUGCAGUAGAGGCGAUUGUGGGUGUCGAAACGCUUGUUUCUUCAGGGGAUAUUACACUUGCCUAUCUGCUUCAGCUUGUCGCAGAUCGAUUGCGGGAGCGAGACGCACAGCAUAGAAGGUUACACACUACACAGAAACAGGAGUGGGCAGCUCACAGUCGCGAGCUAACGGUCAUGCGAAGCCUUUAUGAUGAUGUGUGCCAGUUUUGGCUUUCUAUAGCGAAUACAUUCAACGAGCUACAACGCGCAGAGUCCUCCUUAGCGUCACAACAGGUUGAAGUCAAUACUGAAGCAGCACGUGCGAAGAUAGAGGGCGAAAAACUUGAAAAGGAGCGUAAAUCAUUAGUGGUUCGUCAUAGAAAACUGGAAGAGCAAAUGAUGACAGCUAAGAAAGGGUUGAAUGCUGCGUUAAUAGCAUUGGAACGACAGAAACAGCACCACCAGCAGUUGUCGGAUCUACAACUGAGCCAUUUGCAUGAGCAGUACCAUCUUGCCACUCAACAACAGCAGGUAUCACUACACAAGACAUCCGCCAGGACCACCAUAGCCACUACAUAUGGUGGAAAAACGAAGCAUUCACCGGAACAGGGAAUCGGGAACAGGAGUUCUGUGAUAAUGGCGUCGCUUAACAGUAGCAUGGUUCUAUCCGAAGGAGAGAAGAGCACAUCGGUUCCCCACAGAGGAGCAACCCAUCAACGGCAACACCAGCAAGUAGUUCACUCGUUUUCAACAUCCGUGCUGCCUGCAUGGUCCACACACUACGCUUUAUUGUCUUCAUCCCAAACAAGCGACGUCGACAGCACACGACUAGGCGAAUCGGCCAUUCUUUGCGCUGAUCGCAGGGUCACCACUGGGGUAACGUCAUCCUUGGCAGUGUUGAGCCCCACUCUGCAAGAUCAUACCCAUCUCCCGGAGUCUGCCGUCCCUCCUAGUGCUUCACAGGAGAAAGUAGUACUUUAUUAG